AUGCAGGCGCCUUCCCCGUCAUCGCAUUGCGCUCACCGAGAUCGGACAGCUCGAGGAUCCAGCUCGAAUCGAGCGAACAACUCUCGAAAGAGCGGCAUCGGUGGCAUCCUCCAGCCGAUCAAUCCUCGCGCUCAUGCAUCGAUCACCACCAUCCCAAACAACGAGGUCAGUCUAUACAUGGACGACUUCACGCUUGAUACUCCGACCUUCGUGACGUUGGCGAGUGAGAUGAAGAUGCGAAUCUGCGAAGUGUUCUGGCGUCGAGUGCAUGUGCAGCUCAUCUGCUCAAGAGAGCCAUCUCCCGACCAAUUCAGACAGUACUCGGCCGUGUUGUGCGUCCGUCGUCGCCGCCGUCACGGAUGUAUAGGUAGCUCUUCGACUGCAAUCUCGCUGGAUCGACGCAUGCACCCCGUGCGAGUGCUGUCUACCAAGGCCAAAGACGCCCGGAAACUGCUGAUUGGGAUCGAAUAUGGCUGGCGCUCUCGACGCGUUUGGUUCCGAGCCCCGAACAGCGCCGUGUACGAGCAGUGGAACGACGUUAUUCGCGCUGCGCUUCAAGGCUGCAAUGGCGGUGGAUGCGACGAAGAGGAAUCGCUAGCGAAGUGGGUCGAACGCAGCGGCAUUUCGAUGAUGGAGACGGCCACAACCAGCGCCGUCUGCAGCAUGGACCGCUUCAGCUCGGACUCAUACGCGCGGGGCUGUUCAAGCAGCUACCGAUCUGAUAUCCCCGACGACGAGUGGUUCGAGAGCGAAGUCGCUCGUCGCGAGCUCCGCGAGAGAACUGACACGCCCAACUGGAUGGGACGACCAGCCUUCUGCUUCACAGGCCCGGACAACAUGCGCUACGAAGGACAGGCAGCUUGA